AUGGUAAGCAUCGACGGGGGCCACCUCCGCCAUGUCAUGGUACCUCUCCUGAUGGAGGGCCACCGCGCCAGCUCCCGCACUGCGCCCGGAUUGGAGCAUGCGCCGCGCACCGUCCGCGUCCUUGGCGUUGUCGGUGACUACCGCUUGGGAGGGGGUGCAGGCAGCCCGCCAAACACGACCGGAUGCGUGGUCAAAGUCGUCGUCCACGCGCGCCACUUUGCUGCACCGAGCGUACGUUGCAGCUCCUCGUGCUUCACCACUCACUCGCCCUCCUGGCUCUAUAGACUUGUAGCCCUCCACCUACAUCACCAGUUCGCCAUCCCCGCCGUCCGCCGGUUACCAGUCAUCACCAUGAAGAAUUCCUCGCUCAUUUCCCUCGUCCUCCUCCUCGCCGCCUCGCCCCUCGCCGCCGCAUGGUCUGACGUCUGGUGUGGCAGCGACGGCACCUACUCGGCGAACAGCACCUAUGAAACCAACCUCCGCCGCCUCGCGGCCGUCUUCCCGGCCGAAGCCGCCUCCGCCCUGCGCGGUCGCUACGUCCACAAGCGUGCCUUAGGGUACUGGCCUAACCGGUUGCAGGCCACCUCGACCUGCCGGAGCCACGACGGUGACUGCGCCGACUGCAUCGCCGACGCCUUCAAGGAGGUGGAGCGCGCGUGCCCGUACCGUAAGAAGGCCUACUUCGACAGCACUAACAACUGCUUUCUCCAACUGGGCGAUGUCCAUAUUCUGGGGAGCGAUGGCAUAUUUGGAGGAAACGAACUUAUACAGACCUUAGCUUGGGUGAUGAUAUUUCAGGCAAUUGGACUUGGAUACCUUUUCUUCUUGUUUCUGCAGGCAUGGCGUGAUAGUAAAAAAGGCACCGUCAUGCAUUACACCCAUCUUCCAUCUGGAGAUCAAUAGUGAGCGGCUUGGCCACAAGUUUGAGCAUCAGCGCCUACUACUCUCAGGGGAGGCACAAUAAUAGUAAAUGGAAUGAAAGGAUGUUUUGAUUUUCUUGACGAACAAUGAAUGGAUACUUAUUCCUCAUUUUGAAGGACUUUGAUCCUUACAAACAAGCGACAAUGUUCAUUUCACCUACUCUUCAAAAGAAAUGUUCAUUUCACGUA